UAGUUCUUUUCUCUCAUCCAUUCCCUUUUAAUUUGAUUAUUUGUUUGUUUGAUGAGCUCACCGUUUAGUGUCUCCACCCCCUUUCACAGAUCUGCGUCCUCACUCUCUCACGACAGUGUUUCCUAUCUUCGCUCUCAGUUUCUGCACACACGUGCGGCAUCGCAGCAAUCUUCAUCAACGUUCGGCACUGGCGAUUUGGUGACGCAAUGCACCGUCAAAGUAAAGCCCCAUUUGCUAUUGAAGAGUUAGACUGAGGUGACUGCCUGAACAUGCUCAGAGCAGAGGUUUACGGCGGAGCAUAAUAAUCUCUGAGUUUUUCUUGCUGCAACUAUUUGAUACUUGCUGUGCUUCACUAUUUUCUGUCAUGUCAAAUGUCUCAAAAAGUUCCUUUGCAUCUGAUAAAUAUGAAAGAGUAGGACCUGAUUACUUUGGGUAUUACUCUUCUGAAGUAGUAAAUUUAUUGUCACAAGAUGAGGAUGUUUUUCCUGUUUCUACCCAAACACCUGAGCUACCUGAAACCAAAUAUGAAGAGGGAGGAAAGAAGAAUUUAGUCAAUCAGACUGAUAACUGUUCUGGUCCGUUGUAUAGUAAUGCUGUUGGAGCUGGCCUUUCAGAGUUUAAAAAGGACAGAUUUAAAUCACUGCUCAGACAGAGUGUCAUUGCUCUUUCGUCCGAAGUUGAUGAGGUGGUAGACCCUGUUUUUGCGGCAUAUCAUUUGCAAUCCAAGCUAAAAAGUAAAUCACAAUCAUUGAAUGAUACAGCGACUGCAUCUGACAAUGUAAUGCAAGUUCCUUGUAAAAAGCUAAAGAUCUCCUCAUCUUCAACUUCAGCCAGGUUUCUUGAACGAACUACUAAUGUCAAUCCCCAAUGCAGUAGGAAGACUACUGAUGAUGUUCAGUUCCUACUAGAGAAGGAUAGUGUGGAGGUUGCAGAGAUGGUGACGAAAUAUUCCAAUGAUCUAUCUAGAACACUAGGGUAUAUGGAAGAACAACUUGAGUUGCUUCUAGAUACUAUAAUGUUGAAGUGCAGGCCCAUGACCCUUGCUGAGAAACAAAAGCUACAGAAUUUAAUUCAGAAGCUACCGGCAAGAAAUCUUGACCGUGUAGUGGAGUUAAUUUGUCGAAAUAGGCCAAUAGAAGAACAAAAUUGUGACAAAGUAUUUGUUGAUUUGGAAAAAGAGGAUGAUGCUACACUCUGGAGACUCUAUUACUAUGUUGAAGCUGUUGAGAAAGCCAAAAGUCUUUCUUGUAGUCAAGCGGCCUAGUUUUCUAAAUGCUUUCUGAAAGCCUUCGGGCCUUAAUGAUAGUUCAUUAGAGCUCUCAAAUAGAUUUUUCUGAUCUUCCUAACUCUAAAGUUUAGAGUUUAUACAGAUUUUCAAAAUGCUUACCUCUUUUGCGACAUCAGGGAUACUAUAGUUCAUCGACUGAGAGUAAAAUGCCCCUUAUACCUGAAGUGUAUAUAGCAUAUAGAUUGUUUUUUCUUCUUCUCUUGACAUGUAUAUCUUGAGAAGUCACCAAAUAUAUAUCGUACCAGAUUGUUUUAGGAUAUGUAUGUUCAAGUCAGAAUUGCAUCUUGUAUGAUAGCAAAACGUGACAUAGAUAUAUUUCUAGAGAAGAAUGAUAGUUCUUCAAAUUUUCUAACUACUACUUACUUUUUCCUUUGUUUCUUAUUUGUCUGAAUGCUUAAUUAAAACAUAUCUACAUUGUGAUUUCCUUUGGUUCUAA